AUGGGGCCUUUGAAAACGUGGCAAAAGAUCAGCAUGUCUGAUUUGUCCAACUUGACUCUUCAUCUGGAGGCGUCCCUCACCAGCGCUUUGGGUCAAUACCUGGACAACUGGACACAUAACAUCACUGCAUCAGCCGACGCUCUGGACAAGACGCUGGCCGAGGAGAACUUCAGGGAUGUCAUCUGGUAUCUGGCGGUGAUGAUUGGCAUGUUUGCCUUCAUUAUUGUGGCCAUGCUGGUGAGCACAGUCAAAUCCAAAAGGAGGGAGCACUCGAAUGACCCCUACCACCAGUACAUCAAGGAGGACUGGACCACUCACAUACACCAGAGUGAUGGUGUAACUAACUUUUCAUCUGGAUAA